AUGACUCAAAACAAGAAAGAUGACUUGUUUAAGGUGUUAUAAUUGAUUGAAGGUAUGGAUGAUAAAAUCUACAUAAUAAUAGAAAAGCUCUUAAAAGACGGAUAUUCUAAUUCUCUCAAAUUUAUUUCAAAUAUUGAAAAUCAACUUAGUUACAAAAAAUACAUUGUUUUAUACGACAAUUUAUAGUCUUUUGAUUAGCAUUGGAAAUUAGAUGCUGCUAAAAGCAAUCUUAGGAAAAUUACAAAUGUUCUCAAAAUAAUAAAAGAUCAUGACUUUAAUACACAGAAUUACUCUAUGGAAUAUUAUAAAGAAUUUAAAAAGGAUCUAAUCACAAAAAUAUCAUUGAAUAAGAAGAUAAUAGAAUUCCUAAAAUUUUUAGUUCAUCUGACUGCUUUAGAUGAGACCUAUAUUUGUUGUGGAUCAAAUUCUCUUCAUUUGCUAGUUUAAAUGAAAGUAGAUUUGAGGGAAUAAAGUUUUGAGAAUAUCAGGAUAAGAAAUACCUCUGUAGUUGGUGGAAAUUUUGUAAGAUGCAUAUUCAAUGGAUCAGAAUUUGACAAUGUCGAUAUUAGUGGAAUUAACUUGAAUCAAGUGUUGAUGUUUAAUUGUAAUUGGAAGAAUAUCCAAAUUCAUGAGUUAAAUAAAUUAGAAGGUCAUAGUAGAGGUGUCAAUUAGGUAUGCUUUUCUCCAGAUGGGAAAUCAUUAGCAUCUUGUAGUAAUGAUAAUUCAAUUGUAUUGUGGGAUGUUAAAAUAGGAAAGAUAAAGUCUAGAAUCAAGGGAAAGGAAAAUGUAAAAUCAGUAUGCUUCUCACCAAAUACUAGUACAUUAGCUUUAAGCAGUGGAAAAAUUGUUAUUCAAUUAAAGUUCAACAAUUAUGACUUUUUUAUUUUACUUGCAUUUACCUUUAUAUUCUUAGCUGCUCAUCUAGUUAAAAAAAGUGCUAACCCAAAUUUGAAAAAAUUAAAAAUAGCAAUUUUUGAAAUUAUUUAAAUAACAUAGAAUAUUAUUAUUGCUUUUUCAACCUUCUUCUUCUUUACUCUUUUUUGA